AUGAGUAAACGAUAUGAUCUAGAAAAUUCUAAGGAUUUGGAAGCAGUACAUCGCCUUCUUCUCGACGACGAGGUAUCCAUUGAAGAUGAAGAUGAUCUUGCAGAAACUGAUUCAGAAACCGAAGAUAUACUCGAAACACGAUCUGUAGGCUCAGACACAGAUCAUGAAUUUGAUGAAGAGGAAAAUAAUGAAGCGCACGAAACUGAUGAACAUUACUAUUUUGGUAAGGAUGGAACUAAAUGGAGGAAAGUGCCUUGGAAAGCAGCACAGAAACGGAGGUCUGCGACGGCGCGCACGGUGCGGGCGAUGCUGAGCGGCCGGCAGCAGCAGGUGGACGCCGCCCCCGCCACCCCCGCCGCCCCCGCCGCCCCCGCCGCCCGCGGCCGCUGCCCCUGGCCGGCGCCGCCCGCGACGCGCCGGCAGGCCUCGCUGUGCCGCCGCGAGCCGGCGCUGCCCGCCGUGCUGCUGGAGGCCCGCGGACGAGCGCUCGAUGGCUGCCGCGCCGCCUUCCGAUUCGACCGCUGGAACUGCUCCCUCGCCGUAGCCGGACAAUCCGUCUUCGCCAAGCAGUUCCGCGAGACGGCGGCGCUGCAGGCGGUGUCUGGGGCGGCACUCGCGGACGCUGUGUCCCGCGCUUGCGCGCGCGGCCAGCUGAGGCGCUGCGGCUGCCCCGCGACGGCCGACAGCCGGCGGCUGCUGCGAGAGUCCGGCGCCUGCCCAGAGGGAGCCGUCGCCGCCGCCGAGCCCGCGGACGCCCGCGAGACCGUGCUGCGUCACAACCUCGCCGUCGGCAUGCAGGUGGUGGAGGAGCAGCUGGAGGAGACGUGCCGCUGCCACGGCGUGUCGGGGUCCUGCGCGGCCAAGACGUGCUGGAGGCGGCUGGCGCCCUUCCCGCGGACCGCGGACGCGCUGCGGCGCCGCUACCUGUCGGCCAGGCUCCUGCUCGUCCAGAACUCGCACCGCGACCUGCGACGCGCCCACAGGACGCUCGGCUGGUCUGGCAGGCAGCUGCAGCUGUUGUACCUGGAUGAGACACCGCCACUGUGCAGUUGGACACGUGGGCGCCGCUGCUCAGAUGCCGACAACUGUGCCAUGCUGUGCUGUGGCCGUGGUUUCCAUACCAUACGCAGGCCCCUAGCACACAAGUGUCGAUGCCAUUGGUUGCACGAGCGGCUGCUGUGUGACUGGUGCCGCCACAGCCGCACCUCCUACUUCUGCGAGUAAUCAUCUGUCACAAUGGCGCAUCUCCAAAAGUUUUUUGUGUGUUGUGUGUGUGCCAAAAGCACCUGUGUCAAAAUUUCUGUUCCACCGACUGAACUUCAUUGUAAAGUCAUUGUAUGUGAAAUCAGUGUCUCUAAAUACAAA